AUCCGGCCUUGUGCUCAUCUAUCAAAUCAUCUCGCACCUGAAUGCCUUCGUGUUGGAUCGCCUAUUUGCUCUUCGCGAUGGACAAUGGAGAGGACAUUUGCAGAUAUUGAAUUUGAUCUCCGCCAACCCAAACUUCCCUAUGCAUGUCUAACUCAAGUUUGCCUCAUCCGAUGUCAAAUAAACGCUGUGAAAGCGAUGUUCCCCCAUCUCCAACCACCUUCUAAUCUCCAUCCGCGGUAUUCAUUUGAUGUUGGAGAUGGGUAUGUCUUACUGCGAGCACGAGAGAAACGGCCAAGGUAUCCAGACACAGACGCAGAGAAAAGACUGAUAUCUGUAUUUCUGGGCCGUAAUGCACCAAAGAUGUAUCGGUGGUCACGCCUUCGGCUCCCAAAUGGACAAGCUGCCCGCUCAGCAUGGAAGGAAGCACUGAGACCUCCAGAAAAAACACGGAUGUCUCGAAAUGUCAAGCUUGAGAUUGACGGAAUGACUUGCUAUGGGGAGGUGCAAUAUUUCACACAGCUCGCCAUUCGAAAUGAUGCAACAUGGCGAUUCAGGACUGUUGCACUUGUUUCAUUAUAUUCAGCACCUUACAAACAGCUUCUUGAAUUGUCGCACCAGACGGUUUGGUCUUGCACGAAUCAAGGUGAAGUAGGCCUUCGCAUCGUAGAUGUUACCAAUAUCCAGGCCGUUGUCACAGUUAUUCCUCACCGGCCUACUUUACCAUCUGGAGUAACCGAGGACCGAGUCUUUGUUAUUGAAAAGACCGGGCUCGAUGUAUCAUAUACUGGAGUAUUUGCUGAAGAGGAUGAUAACGAU